AUGGGCCUGGCCCGACCGCAGUGCUCCGCCGCCACACCUGGUGGGCCUGGCCCGACCGCAGUGCUCCGCCGCCACACCUGGUGGGCCUGGCCCGACCGCAGUGCUCCGCCGCCACACCUGGUGGGCCUGGCCCGACCGCAGUGCUCCGCCGCCACACCUGGUGGGCCUGGCCCGACCGCAGUGCUCCGCCGCCACACCUGGUGGGCCUGGCCCGACCGCAGUGCUCCGCCGCCACACCUGGUGGGCCUGGCCCGACCGCAGUGCCCCGCCGCCACACCUGGUGGGCCUGGCCCGACCGCAGUGCCCCGCCGCCACACCUGGUGGGCCUGGCCCGACCGCAGUGCCCCGCCGCCACACCUGGUGGGCCUGGCCCGACCGCAGUGCCCCGCCGCCACACCUGGUGGGCCUGGCCCGACCGCAGUGCCCCGCCGCCACACCUGGUGGGCCUGGCCCGACCGCAGUGCCCCGCCGCCACACCUGGUGGGCCUGGCCCGACCGCAGUGCCCCGCCGCCACACCUGGUGGGCCUGGCCCGACCGCAGUGCCCCGCCGCCACACCUGGUGGGCCUGGCCCGACCGCAGUGCCCCGCCGCCACACCUGGUGGGCCUGGCCCGACCGCAGUGCCCCGCCGCCACACCUGGUGGGCCUGGCCCGACCGCAGUGCCCCGCCGCCACACCUGGUGGGCCUGGCCCGACCGCAGUGCCCCGCCGCCACACCUGGUGGGCCUGGCCCGACCGCAGUGCCCCGCCGCCACACCUGGUGGGCCUGGCCCGACCGCAGUGCCCCGCCGCCACACCUGGUGGGCCUGGCCCGACCGCAGUGCCCCGCCGCCACACCUGGUGGGCCUGGCCCGACCGCAGUGCCCCGCCGCCACACCUGGUGGGCCUGGCCCGACCGCAGUGCUCCGCCGCCACACCUGGUGGGCCUGGCCCGACCGCAGUGCUCCGCCGCCACACCUGGUGGGCCUGGCCCGACCGCAGUGCUCCGCCGCCACACCUGGUGGGCCUGGCCCGACCGCAGUGCUCCGCCGCCACACCUGGUGGGCCUGGCCCGACCGCAGUGCUCCGCCGCCACACCUGGUGGGCCUGGCCCGACCGCAGUGCUCCGCCGCCACACCUGGUGGGCCUGGCCCGACCGCAGUGCUCCGCCGCCACACCUGGUGGGCCUGGCCCGACCGCAGUGCUCCGCCGCCACACCUGGUGGGCCUGGCCCGACCGCAGUGCUCCGCCGCCACACCUGGUGGGCCUGGCCCGACCGCAGUGCUCCGCCGCCACACCUGGUGGGCCUGGCCCGACCGCAGUGCUCCGCCGCCACACCUGGUGGGCCUGGCCCGACCGCAGUGCUCCGCCGCCACACCUGGUGGGCCUGGCCCGACCGCAGUGCUCCGCCGCCACACCUGGUGGGCCUGGCCCGACCGCAGUGCUCCGCCGCCACACCUGGUGGGCCUGGCCCGACCGCAGUGCUCCGCCGCCACACCUGAUGGGCCUGGCCCGACCGCAGUGCUCCGCCGCCACACCUGA